AUGGAUUCCCCGACACGAAGAAUUAUGAAACUCCUACAUUCACCAAGUCACCAUAGAUUGGAAUGCGGCAGUGAAAAUGAUCGAUCUAUUUCGCCACUUCACUCUGGAGAAAGUGACGUAGACCUCAGUGAUGACGAUCCCACUUAUAAUCAAGAUCAAAAUCUUCGUCAACGUUCACCGAGCCCAGCAGUUAUAAGUUCUAACAAACCAAGGAAACGUAUAGCAGAUUGUUACGUAUCUGUGAUUUAA